AUGUCUUAUUUCUGCACAGGCUUUUUCCUGCCGCGAGGCUAUCCCGAGACUGUGACACCGGACUACCUGCGCUUCCAGCUGUGGGCAAUCCCCGCGCACAUCACUGGCUGGAUGAGCACCAGCCUGGCCACCUCCAGCCUGCUCAAGGCGGUGGGAGUGGGCAACAGCGCGGUGGGGGCCACGGCAGCGGCUGCUGCCAUCAAGUGGAUCACCAAGGACGGCAUCGGGGCUGCCGGCAGGGUGCUGGUUGGCGGCCGGUUGGGCAACGUUUUUGACGAGGACCCCAAGCGCUGGCGCAUGGUGGCAGAGGCGUUCCUGACAGUGGGGCUGGCGCUGGAGAUUGCAACUGCGUUUUCCCCUGCCAACUUCAUCGUGCUGGCAGGUGCCGGGAAUCUGUCGCGUGCGGUCGGCCGGGGCAUGACUAACCCCUGCUUCCGCAUCAUCCAGACACACUUUGCCGCCGCGUCCAACGUUGGCGAUGUGGCCGCCAAGGAAGAGGUGUGGGAGGUGAGCGCUCAGCUGCUGGGCUUGGCAGGCAGCGUAGGGCUGCUGAAAGCGAUUGAAGCCACCGGGAAGCCAGAGAAUGUGCUGGGUGUGUGGGCCGCUGUCCAGGUGCUGCACUCGCUGCUGCGGUACAAGAGCUUGGCGGUGCUGCAGUUCCCUUCCGUCAACCAGAAGCGCGCCUGCCUCCUAGCUGCCGCGCAUGUUGCAGGAAAUCCGCUGCCAGGUCAGCUCGCAAAAGUCAUUUGGCACUUGCACACCACCAGAAGAGCUGUUCCGGAAAGCAAGGAAGCAUAA